UGGCGGCGGUUCCGGUUCCGGCGGCCGUGCGGGGGAGGCAGCGGCGGCAGCGGCAGGAGCGAGGCAAGCGGCGCGUACCCCGCAUCGGCACCGCGGCCCGGGCGCGCUCCGCCGCCCCACCGCACCCGCUUCAACCCGCCGGACCCGGCCCGGCCCGCGCCGCCCCCGCAGUCAGCAGGAGGGAGAAAAUGAAAGCAGGCUGCAGCAUUGUGGAUAAGCCAGAAGGAGGAGGAGGUUAUCAUUUCCCAGAGUGGGCUUACAAGACUGAGUCCAGCCCCGGCUCCCGGCAAAUCCAGUUAUGGCACUUCAUCCUGGAGCUGCUGCGGAAGGAGGAGUUUCGCCAUGUCAUCGCUUGGCAGCAAGGCGACUACGGCGAGUUCGUCAUCAAGGACCCUGACGAGGUGGCCCGGCUCUGGGGCAGAAGAAAAUGCAAACCCCAGAUGAACUACGACAAGCUGAGCCGGGCUCUCAGAUACUAUUACAACAAGAGGAUUCUCCACAAGACAAAAGGCAAGAGGUUUACCUACAAGUUCAACUUCAACAAGCUGGUGAUGCCUAACUACCCAUUCAUUAACAUUCGGCCUAAUGGUGUUGUGCCACAGAGCGCUCCUCCUGUCCCCACAGCUUCAUCCCGCUUCCAUUUCCCACCACUGGACAGCCACUCUCCCACCGAAGAUGCCCAGCCUGGUCGGUUCUCCGGUGGGUCCCUGGUCCCAUCCAACCCAGAAGUGCUGGGUGACGGCAGCGAGAGGAAGCCGGACAUGCCAGAGCUGGAGGACGGCUCCUCGGAUUGGCGCCGUGGUGUGGAUCUUAUGGCGUCGCGGAAUGCCAUGGGCACUGGUAGCAUCAACCACCAGAAGCGCAAGCCCGAUAUUAUGCUCCCUCUCUUCACCAGGCCCGGGAUCUACCCAGAUCCUCACAGCCCCUUUGCCGUGUCCCCUCUGCCAGGGCGCGGCGGGGUCCUAAACGUCCCAAUCUCUCCUGCGUUGUCCCUGACUCCCACCCUUUUCUCCUACAGCCCCUCUCCGGGCCUCAGCCCCUUCACAGGUAGCAGCUGCUUCUCUUUUAACCCCGAGGAAAUGAAACACUACCUGCAUUCGCAAGCUUGCUCCGUCUUCAACUACCACCUGAGUCCGCGGACUUUCCCCCGCUAUCCGCUCAUGGUGCCGCCACUACAGUGCCAAAUGCCCCUUGAGGAGCAGCCCCAGUUCCCCAUCAAGCUACAGCCUCCACCUGUGGGGCGCAAAAACAGAGAGAGACUGGAAAGUGCUGAGGAGCCGGCAGCCCCCCAGCUAGCUACUCCUCCUCCCAGGGUCAAGGUUGAGCCCAUGAUGGACAAGGAGGCAGAGUCCGAAGAGCCACCAGCGAAAGGAAAAGACAAAAGUGAGAGAGAGGAAGGCUCUGGCGUGGCAGCCAGCCUAGAAGAGGAAAAAGGGCCUGUGUUUGUCAGACCAGCUGCCCCGUCGUGGCACCCAGCUCCACUGGCACCCACCCAAGCAGGCUUCUCAGCUGAAGAAUCCCAGGAGCAAGGGGAGAGCAGCGGGGAGAAGUCAUCCCGAGAGUCUGCUGGAGAAUCGGGGGCUCAGGAGAAGAGAGAGGAUGCCCUGAUGCCUCCGAAGCUGCGUCUCAAGCGCCGCUGGAACGGUGACCGGCAAGCAGACGUCCCCGAGGAGCGCCAGAAUGGCCGAGUCCACUGGAACGGGGCACUGGGCAGCCCACACCUCACGGCAGGUCCCAAGGCCAUGACGGCCACAGCUGCCUCCGACACCUAAGCCUGGGGGAGCUUUGCAGUCCUUCUGUGCUGAAAACAUCUGUGUAUUUAUGUAGCAAGGUUGCAGAGUGUGGGGGGCGGGCGGGGGGCUGGGGCUAGCCUGGUUUGGUAAUUCUAGAAACUAGGGGGUUUGUGUUCUUUGUUUUCAUUGUUGAAUUGCAGGUGAGACGCGGUUGUCUUGCUCCAAUUAGGAGAGGCGAGGGAAGCCGGCCGCCCUUGUGCGUGAGCUUCAGGCCUUGCAUGAACUCCAGUGGGGUUGAGGCCUCCACCGGGACGGAGGAACUCCAGACACGGUCUAUUUUAUAUACACUCUAGCAUUUAUAGAAGCAGGAAUCUCUGAAUUCAUCUAGUUCCCUUUUUUUUUUUUAUAUAUGGAGCCUGGUGCGAUGGUGGGAGAGGAUUUCCUGCCCGUUCAAGACGUGCCGUGCGUCAGCCUCAGAAGCCGUCUGUAUUUUCCGGGGAGGGGGUGCUGGGGGACAGGCAGAGGGAAUAUUGCACUGUCUGUGGAGUGGAGAAGGUUGCAGAAAGACAACUCGGAAAGUCACUUGCGCGCCAGCAAGGUGGGACGCUGCUGGAGAGAGGGAGCCGUGUUCCCGGCGAGCGGAUCUUGGUAGCGCUUCAGGAUACGUUAGUCGUCCUUUUUGCCUUUCUGAAAUACUGCAGAAGCCAUGAGCAAAAGAUUUAAAAAAAAAAAAAAAAAAAAAACAAAAAACAAAACAAAAAAAAAAAAAAACAAAAAAAAACCAAAAAAAUCUUUCAGGGAUGGGAGUGGGGUGGGAAAAAAAUAACCUAAUGCCUUUAAUAUACGCAUUAAAAUGUACCCUAGGUUUUUUUUUUUUUUUCCUAAUUGUAUGGGUGGAGUUGGGAGUGAUUGGAAGAUUAACACUGAAAUGAUUGUGGUGAGUUCAUAGAGAAGGAAUGACAGGAGCUUUGUUAAAUCUUACUUCCUUUGUUUGGUUCCCCUAUCACUUUGACUCAUGCCUUAACUACGAGUACACUUUAUGCGAGCAGGGUCUAUUGACAGGAGCAGCCUGCGCCAGAGCCAGAUGCGCUUGGCCGAGGUUGGGUUUCGCGGAGAUUUUGAAUUUUGCCUGAUGACGGAGAAGUGAUGGAGAGUGCGGUGGUUGUGGGAGCGAAGGAUGAUGGAGGGGCAGCUGUGCCUGCCGGGCUCUGUCUCCGCAGGCUGGGUCGAGGCGGGGUUCGCCAUGUAAAUCUCGCUGUAUUUUUGCUAUAAAUCUGCUAUUUCCCUACGCAGCUGCGUUUCUUGUUAGGCUGAUUAACUUAGGCUCCGGAUUACACCGAGGAACACGCUUGUCUCCCGCUGCGUCGGGACGAAUCCCUAACGAUUCCUUGAAAGGAGCUUGGAAACAACCCAUCUCCAUGGGGCUAAGAGCUGUAUCCAGAGAGCGGCUGAUUAUUCACGCGGUCGUAGGCGAGAGGCGUGCGCGGGCAGAUUUUUCCAGUCGAGGACUCAGUAACUGUUGGAGGAGGGCAGGGAGCGUGUGUGAGCACAAGAUUAUUUGCAGACAUUGUUAGAUGGGGCUGGUUGGGCCCUGCCGAAAGAAGAUUCCGUGCAUGGUACCUGGAGAGGUCCCGGGGAGGGGGGGAUGCAGGAGCCGUAAUCCGCUUACCUGGCUGAGCUCAGCUCCGGACCCCCGGCACCUGGAUUUACCUCCACGGCCAGAGCCGAGUGUGGAGGAAAGGGGGAAGGAACCCCUCAAUCCGGUCCCGGAGAGGGGAUCGAGUGAACUCAGGAAUUAGAAACACGAGGCCUUUUCCAUCAGUAAUGCAUAUCGUCACCCUUCCUCGUGCCCAAGUGCCAGAGCCCGUGGGUGCCUCUCCUGUUUGAGGAGGGGGCUGGCGGGGCAGGGAGCCACUCUUCUUGCCCUUAAUUUAAGGCAAAAAAACCAACAAAAAACAGAAAAGUUGAACUGUUGUUUGGCUUUAAAAGUUUGUAAUUGGUUUUGGGGGCCUGGGGAGGGGAGGGAGGGGGUGUUGUCUUCAUAGCCAUUGCACUGCAAACCGGGAGCUCCGCGUUCAGGGAUAAAGGACUCAGGUUCUCAGGACAACGGACCAGUGACCGACUGCGGGUGAUGGGCUCCGCUUUGGAAAGGAGGGGGGGUAAGGGGUGGGCGGGGGGUGGCCAGCCAGCCCCCCCUUCCCCGCUCCCUCCACGCUGGCAGCAUCAUCCACGUCCCCACCGGCUCAGGGGGUCACCUCAGUGCAAGGCGGGGGCUCCUCCCGACCAGACUUCACAUUGCCUAGCAGCAGCCUCGGAGGAGGGCGCUUAUAAAUACAUUUUAAAUAAUAAAUGAAAAAAAAAUAUAUAUAUUCCGAUGUGCCAAAAUAUUUAAACUUGUAAAGUUUAAAUGGUUGAAAUCUCAACGUCCACCUGUAUUAAUUAAUCAAGAGCAUGUUAAUGUUUAAACCAUUUUUGCUUUGUUUAGUCAUAGAGAAUCUGUAGGAAAGAGACUUUAAUCGGACAACCAGCAGUAAGCCAAGAUUUUGGGGGGG